GACGGCGGCGGCUCUUCCGCCUGGCGGGCCUGUGCCCGAGCGAGCGGCCCCGCAAUGUGGCUGGCCCCGGAGGAGGUGCUGGUGGCCCACGCGCUGUGGGUGACGGAGCGAGCCAACCCCUUCUUCGUGCUGCAGCGGCGCCGGGGCCACGGCAAAGGCGGCGGCCUCACGGGUCUUCUCGUAGGAACCCUGGACGUGGUGCUGGACUCCAGUGCUCGCGUGGCACCGUAUCGCAUCCUGCACCAGACCCAGGACUCGCAGAUCUAUUGGACGGUGGCCUGUGGCUCUUCCCGCAAGGAGAUCACCAAGUGCUGGGAAUGGCUGGAGAGUAAUCUGCUGCAGACCCUGGCCAUCUUCGAAAACGAGGAAGACAUCACCACCUUCGUCAAGGGCAAGAUCCAUGGCAUCAUCGCUGAGGAGAGCAAGGGACUCCCCGCCCAGGGGGACGAGGACCCUGGGAAGUUCAAGGAGGCAGAGCUGAAGAUGCGCAAACAGUUCGGCAUGCCAGAGGGAGAGCGGCUGGUCAACUACUACUCCUGCAGCUUCUGGAAGGGCCACGUGCCCCGCCAGGGCUGGCUCUACCUGUCAGUCAACCACCUCUGCUUCUACUCCUUCCUGCUGGGCAAGGAAGUGAGCCUGGUGGUGCAGUGGGUGGACGUGACACGGCUGGAUAAGAGUGCCACCCUGCUAUUCCCCGAGAGCAUCCGCGUGACCACCCGUGACCAGGACCUCUUCUUCUCCAUGUUCCUCAACGUGGGCGAGACGUUCAAGCUCAUGGAGCAGCUGGCCAACCUGGCCGUGCGCCAGCUGCUAGACAGCUCUGGCCUCCCAGAGCAGAAAGCCCUGCCCCGGCCUGCGCGCCCACACCGACACGUGUCCGCCCUGAAGAGAGACCUGGAUGCCCGUGCCAAGAAUGAGUGCUACCGCGCCACGUUCAGGCUUCCCCUGGACGAGCGGCUGGAUGGCCACACAAGCUGCACCCUGUGGGCGCCCUUCAGCAAGCUGCACGUGCCAGGAGUGCUGUUCAUCUCCGGGAACUACAUCUGCUUCGCCAGCAAGGAGGAGGAUGCCUGCCACCUCAUCAUCCCGCUGCGGGAGGUGACCAUCGUGGAGAAAGCCGACUGCUCCAGUGUCCUGCCCAGACCGCUGUCCAUCAGCACCCGCGGCAAGAUGACCUUCCUCUUCGCCAACCUGCGGGACCGUGACUUCCUGGUGCAGAGGAUUUCAGAUUUUCUGCAGAAAACCCCGGUCAAGGUGCCAGAAGCCAGCAGCAAGGCCCAGGGAGUGGGCCCGGAGGAUCCGGAGUCCCCCCAAGAGUUCACCGAACUGCCAGCCCACCCAUCCUCACCCCUGGGGGGAGCCCAGGGGGCCAACGUGCUAGAGGCGCCCACGGCCUCGCAGGGUCUACUCAAGCUCUUCCAGGGGGCCACGCAGAUGGAGGACCUGGGCGCCAAGGGGGCCAAGGAGAAGAUGAAGGAGGAGUCAUGGAACAUCCAUUUCUUCGAGUACGGCCGUGGCAUGUGCAUGUACCGCACGGCCAGGACCCGAGAGCUGGUGCUGAAGGGCAUCCCCGAGAGCCUGCGCGGGGAGCUCUGGCUGCUCUUCUCAGGGGCCUGGAACGAGAUGGUAACGCACCCCGGCUACUAUGCUCAGCUGGUGGCACAGUCCAUGGGCAAGUACAGCCUGGCCACAGAGGAGAUAGAGCGGGACCUGCACCGGUCCAUGCCUGAGCACCCCGCCUUCCAGAACGAGCUGGGUAUCGCUGCGCUCCGCCGAGUGCUCACGGCUUACGCCUUCCGCAACCCCAACAUCGGCUACUGCCAGGCCAUGAACAUCGUGACUUCCGUGCUCCUGCUUUACGGCAGCGAGGAGGAGGCCUUCUGGCUGCUGGUGGCCCUCUGCGAGCGCAUGCUGCCCGACUACUACAACACCAGGGUGGUGGGGGCGCUGGUGGACCAGGGCAUCUUCGAGGAGCUGACGCGCGUGCUGCUGCCGCCGCUGUGGGCCCGCCUGCGGGAGCUGGGCGUCCUCUCGAGCAUCUCGCUGUCCUGGUUCCUCACGCUCUUCCUCAGCGUCAUGCCCUUCGAGAGCGCCGUGGUGGUCGUCGACUGCUUCUUCUACGAGGGCAUCAAGGUCAUCCUGCAGCUGGCCCUGGCCGUGCUGGACGCCAACACCGAGGCGCUGCUGGCCUGCCACGACGAGGGCGAGGCCAUGACCAUCCUGGGCAGGUACCUGGACAACGUGGUGAACCGCCAGAGCAUCUCCCCGCCUGUCCCGCAUCUUCACGCCCUGCUGACGAGUGGGGACAGCCCGCCCGAGCAGGUGGACAUCUUCACCUUACUGAAAGUGUCCUAUGAGAAAUUCAGCAGUCUGCGGACGGAAAGCAUCGAGCAGAUGCGGAUUAAGCAGCGGCUGAAAGUGAUCCAGUCCCUGGAAGACACAGCCAAGAGGAGUGUGGUCCGAGCGAUUCCUGGAGAUAUCGGCUUCUCCAUAGAGGAGCUGGAGGAGCUCUAUGUGGUGUUCAAGGCCAAGCAUCUGGCGAGCCAGUACUGGGGGGGCAGCCAGCACCCCGCGGGGCGCCGCGACCCCAGCCUGCCCUACCUGGAGCAGUACCGCAUCGACGGCGCCCAGUUCCACGAGCUCUUCGCCUCACUGGCGCCCUGGGCCUGCGGCCCCCACACGGCUGUGCUGGCCUCGCGCAUGUUCCGCCUGCUGGACGCCAACAGGGAUGCCCUCAUCAACUUUAAGGAGUUUGUGACUGGCAUGAGCGGGAUGUACCACGGGGACCUGACUGACAAGCUCAAGGCUCUGUACAAACUGCAUUUGCCCCCAGCUCUGAGUGCUGACGACGCCGAGUCGGCCCUGGAAGCCACCCAUUACUUCACCCAAGACUGCGCCCCCGAAGGAGCCUUACAGGAGAGCCAGCACAAGGGGAUCCCGAGAGAGGACGCGGGGGAGAGACAAGGGGGCAGACCCCGCCAGGACUCCCCAGGGACUGAGGACAAGGGGACCAGCCCUCCUGACUACCGCCAUUACCUGCGAAUGUGGGCGAAGGAGAAGGAGGCCCAGAAGGAGACCAUCAAGGAUCUUCCCAAGAUGAACCAGGAGCAGUUCAUUGAGCUGUGCAAGACCCUGUACAACAUGUUCAGCGAGGACCCCCGCGAGCAGGAGCUCUACCACGCCAUCGCCACGGUGGCCAGCCUGCUGCUGCGCAUCGGCGAAGUGGGGAAGAGGUUCUCCGCGGGGUCGGGUUCCUCAGGCCGGAAGAGCCUGGAAGACAGCCCAGAGGCAGAGGAGAAGGAGGCCCAUCACGAGCCCACCACCGUGGAGGCCACCAGGGACCCGCCUGCCAAAGCUGGUGGGGACAGCCACGCUCACAAGGCCCCGCCUGAGAGCCAGGGAGUAGGGGAGGGGGGCGAAGGCGAGGGCCGAGGGGGCUUGUCCCCACCCCUCCCACCAUCGCCUCUCUGGGACGAGGACACCAAGGACGAUCUGUCUGUGUCGUCUUUCUCGGUGGUGAGCUCCGGCUCACUGCCCUGUGACGAUCUGGCAGAGGAUCCCGUGCUUGUAACCGGGGAGCCGGACCCUGAGGGGGUGGCAACAGUGACCGGCGCUGAGGGGACCAUGGACAGGGUGGUGAGGGCCGAGGACGCUGUGGAGGAGACAACGAUCGCCCAGGGCGCCGUGGAUGGGGCAGAGAGGGCCGAGGGUGCUGUGGACGGAGCAGGGCAGGCCGAGGGCAUCGUGGACGGAGCAGGGCGGGCCAAGGGCGCCGUGGAGAGAGCAGGGCGUGCCGAGGGCACUGUGGACGGGGCAGGGCGGGCCCAGGGCACUGUGGACGGGGACUGGUGCAUCUCAUUUGAGCAGAUCCUGGCGUCCAUCCUCACCGAGCCGGCACUGGUGACCUUCUUUGAGAAGCGGGUGGACCUGGGCACCAAGAUCCAGGAGCAGAAAAAGGUGGACCGGCAGGUCAGCACCAGCAGUGACCCCUCAGAGCAGUACGGAGGCUCUGGCUGAAGUCCCGACCCACUCCACCCCCUCCAACCUCCCCCAGUGGGACAGUGGCCCUUCUCUGUCGCCUCAGCUUGCCCCCUGCCUGGUCCUUCACUCCGGGGGUGUCCAGGUACUGGGCGGGCGACCGUGUCUGCAAAGCGGGGGCACCGAGUGUUCCCAGGGCCAGAGUUCAGCUGCCGAGCGCUCACUCCUGAGGGCCCGACCUGCCCCAACUCACAUCAGCUGCCCCGGCCUCGCUGCUCAACGUUCCUCAAUAAACCCAGGAGCUAAACGCACCCAUUGGUGCCCGAGCCCGUCCCGCCCAGACCCCAGCUUCUCCCGCAGACCCUGCCCUCGGUUCCUCCCAGCUUGGUGGCCUCAUUCCACCAGGUGGACACCGGGUUCAGGGAGCCAGAUUUGGGGGCGGGGGCACAGAAGCAGGCGUGCCUGGAGAAGCCCCUCACAGCUGCCAGCUAGGGCUGGGGCGGCAGGGGUCCGCAGGGGAGCCUGCCCCGUCAAGGACUCUCCAGCUUUAUGGAGGGACCUCAUUGUUAAAGGAGCCAAGAAGGCACAGGAUUCACUGGCUGGACUCCAGCCCCGGGUCUGUUUUCAUUUGGGGGUCCCCACCCGGGAGGGUUCAGGGCCCUCCGGGGGACUCAGAGAUACCUGUGGGGGGGUCGGGGGUGGAAUCUG